AGGGAAUCCGUCAAAAAAUCAGAAAAGUUGCGAACAAGAGCACAACAAAACAGAGUCGCAAAGAAUCGUGAAUGAAAAUAUCCAGAAAAAGGCAGUGGUAGUCGAAAACAUGGAGCAGCUACAAAGGCACUAAACCCUUAGGCAACCGGAGCACCGUCGCUGCAAGUGGCAUCGGUAAACAGAGGCCCUUUUCUACCAACCCCACGAACAACGGGGUCAAGUGGGGUGGUGCUGCUGCUGCUGCUGCUGCAGAGAGUGUUUUGCAGUAAACGUUCAGCGUUCCAGCGUGAAGCUAAUUAGAACCACAGUGUUGCCCUUGUGCGUUUGUGUGUAGUGUAAUAAUUAGUGCCAGAUUUUGGAUUAAGGCAAGCCGGGUCGCUGCGGUUCCCCAUUCACGUCUGUGCGAGCGAAAUUGAAAAUGAGCGACGGGGAUGUCUGCACAGCCGCCGGUCGUCCUCCUCACAGGCGAACACAAUGGGUGGCUUUGUUGUCGAGCGUCGCGUACGUCGCGGUCGGAACGGUGCUGCUAGCGUCCCUUACCGCACCCAGCCCGGUCGCGGCCGUUUCAACAUCGGCGGCCGCACUACGGCACGGCGGUGGAACGAAAGACACCUUCGGAUGGGACGAUGCCGGGGACGAGGAGGAAGGCUACUGUGCGCCGUACAAUGGGAAGGUGUGCAAACGGUUCAUCAACAGCCGGCAGGUGUGGUACAGCCGGGAGGAUGGGACGGGCGGUUGGGAGAAUGAGAAAAUCACCACCGCCCUGUUUGAGGAUCUGAUCAACGAUCUGCCACCGUCGUGCCGUCCGGCAGCAGAGAAAUUGCUCUGUGCGUAUGCGUUUCCGCAGUGCGUCAUCAAGGAUGGGGCCACGAUACGGUUGCCGCUGUGCUACGAAGACUGUGUGGCGACGUACCUGCAGUUUUGCUACAACGAUUGGGCGCUGAUAGAGGAGAAGAAAGAACGUGGCGAUGUGAUCAAGUCGCGGGGACACUUUCGGCUGCCCAACUGCGAGGAAUUGCCGCGGUACAACAAAACGGCCAAACCGCCCGUAUGCUCGCAUGUUGGGCUGACCGAACUGGUGUCGGAGGAAGUUACUUAUGAUUGUCGCAUGGGAAAUGGAAGGUUUUAUCUUGGCACGGUAAAUGUAACGAGCACAGGCAUACCGUGCCAGAAGUGGGACUCGCAGGAGCCUCACUCACAUCACAAACCGCCGCUGGUGUUUGCGGAGCUACAGGAUGCGGAAAACUAUUGCCGAAAUGCGGGCGGGGAAGAACCGACACCGUGGUGCUACACAAUGGACAAAACCGUUCGAUGGCAGGCCUGUGAUAUUCCACUCUGUCCCAACUCGACCGAUGCUAGCGACAUUCGCGGUAAGAUCGACAUGACCAUGGAAUCGGUCUUUACCCCGUCGAUGAUCUUCCUCCUCUCCGGCAUCGGAUUCGUGGCGAUCGUACUGCUCCACCUGAUGGUGCUGCUUUGCUACCGUGUGUCGCGGCACCGGCGCAAUCGCCGACAGUCGGGCGCUGCCGGAUACAACCCAACCGCCACCGCACAGGACGGCCAGGGUAUCGACAUCAACAAGCUGCCCUCGAACGUCAACUACCACCGGACCGGUGCGCAGCUGAAUCCGAAGCUGGAAAAGCUGGAAUUCCCUCGCAACAACAUCAUCUACAUCAAGGACCUCGGGCAGGGUGCGUUCGGGCGGGUGUUUCAAGCGAAAGCGCCCGGUCUGGUGGCGGGCGAAGAUUUUACGCUCGUCGCAGUGAAGAUGCUAAAGGACGAGGCGAGCCAAGACCUGCAGGUGGAUUUCGAGCGGGAAGCCUGCCUGCUGGCCGAAUUUGACCAUCCCAACAUCGUGAAGCUGCUCGGCGUCUGCGCCAUCGGCCGUCCGAUGUGUUUGCUGUUCGAGUUUAUGGCGCGCGGCGAUCUGAACGAGUUCCUGCGCCAGUGCUCCCCGUUCGCGCAGCAAAACCGGGCGGACAGCAUCAGCACCGAGCUGUCGCACGGCGAUCUGCUCAACAUUGCGCACCAGAUUGCGUCCGGCAUGGUGUACUUGUCCGAGCGCAAGUUUGUGCACCGCGAUCUGGCCACCCGCAACUGUCUGAUCGAUGACCAUAUGGUGGUGAAGAUCGCCGACUUCGGGCUGUCGCACAAGAUCUACCUGCAGGAUUACUACAAGGGCGACGAGAACGAUGCCAUCCCGAUACGCUGGAUGCCGCUGGAAAGCAUCCUCUACAACAAGUACACGAUCGAGUCGGACGUGUGGGCGUACGGUGUUUGCCUGUGGGAGAUAUUCUCGUUCGCGAUGCAACCGUACUACGGCAUGACGCACGAGGAGGUGGUGAAGUUCGUGAAGGAGGGCAACAUGCUCGGCUGCCCGGAGAACACGCCGCUGACCGUGUACGAUCUGAUGCGCAAGUGCUGGAGCCGCAAGCCGAACGAUCGGCCCAGCUUUCACGUGAUCUACCAGAAGCUGCAGCAGAUACGGGCCGAUUUCGACGGGAAGAUGCUGAUGUAGCCAGCUGGCUGAGCGGGAGAUUUGGGGGUAAGUGACGAUGGAGCACUGCCGUAGGGAAGGCAAACUACAGAUAAGGAUAUAAUUCAAUUUCAUUCUGCAAUGUAGGAGGGGUUUUUUCUGUAAACUUUGAUACCGGAAGUAGUGCCAGUUUUGCUCUAAACCUACUAAAAAGUCAUUAUUUCUGCUGGACAGAGAGCGCGCGGUGGUAUCAGUCGGAAUUAGUCUUUCUUGUAACCAUUGAUUCUCAGCAUCACAUCAUUUAGCUUAUAUUUUUAGAGUUCGUUCAUCCUUUUUUCAAUUAUUUAUUACCCAUAACAAGCAUCAAACAUCCAUUUUGUUCGCAUAAUUCUCAAGACUGGACGCCACAAACGGCUCUUUUGCAAAUACUUUUUUUUACUCACACAGGAACAGACUGCCAAUGAAAAUCUCAGUAUUUUAGUUAAUAUUUAUUGCAAAUCCUUCUUGCACAACACUGCCUUUUAUGUUCACCAUUACCAUUUGCUGGCGAAAGCAAUGCAGAAACUCUGGUGCCGCAGUGGUGCCGUCUCAUUAUCAUUUCAGUACUCAUUGUUUUGUUUAUCAUAGCUUAUUUUUAUCUAUGCCGUACGUAUUUAUUACAUGCUAAAAAAGUAAUAUUCACUAAUAUCGGCAUUACGGGAACGACCAUAUCGAACGGAGAAUUUUGUUAGUUAAACCAAUGUAAGGGUUAAAAGUAUAAUUUUGUCGCUUCUCAAUGUUUGCACAAACAAACCUCGACUCAAAUUUAAUUCCUCAUAAAGUAAGACAAAAUACAAGAAACAAAACUAUCUAAAAACGAUUAAAGAGCAUUGGUGAGAUCAUUUUUAUUGUAAAAAAGUAAUAACACACACACCCACACACUCGAUAUUGGCAGAUGCGAUCAAAGUAAGCUGUUUGGAUCAAAUUGAGCGCAUUUGUGCAUGCUUCGAUUUGACGCCAUUUUCCAGUUCGGGCGUGUAACGGUAAUGUGUAAUGGUGGCCCCCCUUAUAGCAAGUAAGUGGUACAAUAAUAAUGUGUAGCAGUUUUGUGAAAUAGGCUGACAAAGCUAAGAUUUGUAUAAGGAUUUCAUUCCGAGCGUGUUUUGAAAGUAAUGUAUAAAAUGUGAACACAGAUAGAGAGAGAGGAUAAAGCAGCAUAAAUGUUCACUUUUCACAUACACAGACACACACACACACUCAUAGUAUCAGUCCAAGGCAGACUACCGGAAUUGGACAAAAUUGACCAGUUUUUUAGCCGCUUGUUUAAAAUUUAAAGAUGUAGCGUGUUUACGACUGCCGGGGUGGCCGGUGCCAGAAUCGAGUACCAGAUGUGUUAGCUCGUAAGUACCUCCGCCAAGCACCAGCCAGCCAGCGUGUUUGGUAGAUUAACCGAAUGAACGAUUGAUUAGAUUUACUAGAAAGAAGAGGGCAAGAGAGAAAAGAGAGGGAGAGAGAGAGAGAGAGAGAGAGAGAGAGAGAGAGAGAGAGAGAGAGAGAGAGAGAGAGAGAGAGAGAGAGAGAGAGAGAGAGAGAGAGUUUGCUACUAGUUUAGAGACCGGGCUGCUAAUAAAACCCAAAGACCAUUUUAAUUGAUGACUGCAAGGUGUUUAUAGCAUUAACACAAAAAAACAAAAGAGAAGUAACUAUAUGUAAUAAGCAAAAAAGAAAGAGAAAGACAGAGAGAGAGAUAGAGAGAGAGAGAGAGAGAGAGAGAAUGAUAUAACUCGUAAAGAUGCGAAUUGAGUAUGUUAUAAAAAGGCAUACAACAUACAGCACCGAUACAAGCAAAGGCCGUCACUGGGUUCGUGACGUACGAAGCAUAACUUCAAAGUGAAAGACAUGAUGAGAGAGAUGAAAAAAAAGAAACAACCAGAAGAAAGAGAAGCAGAACAAAAUCCAAAACUGUGUGAACAAGAUAAAAAAGCGAACCGAAACAAACCAAACUCAAAACAAACAAACAGCAUACAAACCAAGUGGAAAAUAAAUAUAUAAAUGUGUUUUGUCUCAUU